CGGGGCUCGUGUUUAGUAAUACUUCGAACGCUAGACGAUCUCCACAUGUGGGGAGAGUGCUGUGCCCGACGAUCGCAGCAGCAGCAAAUCAGCGUUUUCCUUUCGUGUGUGUUUUGAGCGGGGAGAGAGACAGAGGCAAUUAGAUAGAGUGCGACAUAAAUACGUUGCGGAUAGGACCAAAGGACCCAUCGAGGAUGUUACCCAGAGAUCUAAGGCAUCUCUCGGGUCUUCUGGGCGCCGUUUAUCUGCUGGGCAGCCUGGUUUCCGUUACCUUGGCGGAUGGAAAGAUCUGCAACACAACGCUAUGCGACUGCAAGGGAAUCAAGGGACGCAUGGGCGCACCAGGACCCAUUGGUGUGCCCGGCUUGGAAGGACCUGCCGGUGAUAUUGGACCAACGGGACGGGCAGGACCACUCGGCGAGAAAGGAGAUGUCGGCGAGUAUGGCGAACAGGGCGAGAAAGGACAUCGCGGCGAUAUUGGAACUAGAGGUGAAAUGGGUUAUCCUGGCAUUAUGGGAAAAAGCGGUGAGCCCGGCACACCAGGACCCCGUGGAAUCGAUGGCUGCGACGGACGGCCUGGCCAGCAGGGUCCAAGCGGAGCACCCGGCCCAAACGGAGGGCGGGGUCCGCCGGGAAAGCCCGGUCAGCAGGGUCCUCCCGGAGAGGCUGGCGAGGGCGGCAUCAACUCCAAGGGCACCAAGGGUAAUCGGGGCGAGACCGGACAGCCCGGCGCUCUCGGUCCGCCCGGAUUCGAUGGCGAUCGCGGUAGCAAGGGUGACACUGGAUACGCUGGCCUAAACGGCGAGAAGGGAGACCCGGGUUAUCCGGGUCCCAAGGGCGACACUGGCGACAUUGCGGAGCUGCCCUACUUAAUGGUUGGACCGCCCGGUGCCAAGGGUGAGCCAGGUGAAAGUCUGUCGGGUGUUUUGAAGCCCGAUGACACCCUGAAGGGCUACAAGGGAUACGUGGGACCUCAGGGCGAUGAGGGGCCACAGGGACCGACCGGCGAACAGGGCUCCUUCGGCCGCAAUGGAAUGCCGGGUGCAAGAGGUGAGACCGGCGGACCCGGAGAGCGCGGCAAGCCCGGUAAGGAUGGUGAGCCCGGUCUAUUUGGUGAGAAGGGCAUGAAGGGUGCGCCGGGCUGGACUGGAGCUGAUGGAUUGGACGGAAGCCCAGGAGAGCGUGGAGAGGAUGGAUUUGACGGCAUGCCCGGUGUUCAAGGACGCGCUGGUCCACCCGGAAUUUACGAUCCCAGUCUGAGUAAAUCGCUGCCCGGCCCGAUUGGACCGCAGGGAGACAUCGGUUUGCCCGGAGAACGAGGUCUACCAGGUCUGCCUGGCAAGCCGGGACGUCGCGGACCCAUCGGACUAGCUGGUCAGUCAGGAGAUCCCGGCUUAGGCGGCCGCCGCGGACCGGCUGGACGUAGUGAGCGCGGUGAGGCCGGAGACUAUGGAUUCAUUGGUCCCCCGGGACCGCAGGGUCCUCCCGGCGUCGCUGGCCUACCCGGCCGAUACGGACUGCACGGAGAACCCGGACAAAAUGUGGUCGGACCCAAGGGUGAGGCUGGCCUAAACGGUUUACACGGCUUGGAGGGAUAUCGCGGCGAUCGCGGAGAUGUCGGCUUGCCCGGAGACAAGGGUCUGCCCGGCGAGGGCUACAACAUCGUUGGUCCUCCCGGUUCCCAGGGGCCGCCCGGUUUUCGUGGACUUCCCGGCGACGAUGGUCGAAACGGAUUACGUGGACUGCCUGGUGACAAGGGAUUGCGCGGUGACGACUGUCCUGUCUGCAAUGCCGGACCCCGAGGACCCCGUGGCCAGGAGGGCGACACCGGCUACCCGGGUAGCCAUGGCAACCGCGGAGCUCCCGGCCUCAUGGGACCACGUGGCGUAAGGGGUUUGCAAGGCAAUCCCGGCAGGGCUGGUCACAAAGGUCUGCCCGGUCCAGCGGGUAUUCCCGGCGAGCCAGGCAAAGUUGGAGCACCCGGACCCGAUGGACUGCGUCAGACCAUUGGCUCAUUGAGGAAGGGCGAAACAGGUGAGCCCGGCGAUAGCGGACGGCGCGGCGAGCAGGGUGACGAUGGUGCCAAGGGUCUGGAUGGAGCUGAUGGUGUCCAGGGGCUGCGCGGUGAAACCGGACAGCGCGGCGAUUACGGCGAUGCUGGUUUACCAGGACGAGAUGGCGAACCAGGUCGCGAUGGUCGUGAUGGAGCUCCCGGAAUGAACGCAACCACUCCCAAGAUCUAUUUGAUCGGCGAACCGGGAUAUGACGGAUUGAAGGGAGAGCGCGGUGACUAUGGUGACACCGGUUUCAAGGGCGUCAAAGGUGAACCGAAUCCGGGUCAGAUCUACGACAACACUGGUGAGCCCGGUGAGGAUGGUUAUGACGGUCUGAAGGGCGUAAAAGGAGCCAAGGGAGAGCAAGGUGCCAUUGGACUUCGUGGCGAAAUUGGUGACCGUGGACCGGCUGGCGUAGUUGUUUCAGGACCAGAUGGUGCCAAGGGAUAUCCCGGCUUAACUGGCGAUUACGGACCGCAAGGAGCACCCGGAUUACCCGGUCGCGAUGGUGAACCUGGUUUGGAUGGCGCCCUUGGAUACAAGGGACAACGCGGUGCACCUGGUCAGGAGGUGAUCCAGGGCGAGAUUGGACCACCGGGUCGUACAGGCAUUAAGGGUUUCCCCGGUGAUGUCGGCGCACCCGGACAGUACGGACUCGCCGGCCGUCCAGGACCCAAGGGAGUCAAGGGCGAGCAGGGACCCGAUGGCGCUGAAGGACAAAUAGGACUGCCUGGCAACAAGGGCCAGCGCGGUGAUUUCAUGGUUGGUCAGCCCGGACCCAAGGGUCAGCCCGGUAGCAAUGGUCGCCAGGCACCGCACGGCGCCAAGGGCCAGAAGGGAGAGGUGGGUUCGCUGGGACAGGAUGGACAGAACGGCGCCAAGGGCAACAUCGGUUUCUCUGGCCGUCGUGGACUUCUCGGCAAUGCGGGUCUGCAGGGUCUGCCCGGUAGUCCUGGCAUUCCCGGACUUCCAGGAAUGAUUGGCGAGAUUGGAGAUCGUGGUGAGAUCGGAUUCAACGGACGGCAGGGUGACAUCGGUCCCCGUGGACCUAUUGGCGAGUUUGGACCUAAAGGUCUCUCUGGUGAUAAUGGACCGGAUGGCUAUCCCGGUGCAAACGGCAUUCCCGGACGCAAGGGUGAGCCAGGUGAUGUUGGAUACCCAGGACUUACAGGCCCCAAGGGCGUGGCCGCCUACAGUGGCAUUAAGGGUGAUGACGGAGAAUCCGGCUUGACCGGACCCGUCGGAUAUCCAGGUGCUGCCGGAGCGAAGGGACAGCGCGGAUCCGUUGGAGAUUCGCAACCGGCACUCGAUGGACUUGCUGGCCGUAAGGGUGAAGUGGGCAGUCCCGGACUCAAUGGACUUCCCGGUCGCUAUGGACUAAAGGGACAGCGAGGAGAUCGCGGUAUCGCCGGCGAACAGGGUAGUCCAGGAGAGCCAGGAGUCCAAGGAUUGGCAGGCUAUGCUGGACGCAACGGAGCUCAUGGCCUGAAGGGCGCCACUGGCUUUACAGGACCCCAGGGACCCAAGGGUCCUCAGGGUGAGAGAGGAGUUGUGGGUCUGGAUGGACUAACUGGACAGAUUGGUGAUCAAGGACCACGUGGCAUCGUCGGUGAGCGUGGACAGCAGGGUGAGCAGGGUGACGAAGGUGAAGCCGGUUUCCCGGGUCGCGUGGAGAACCUACAGGAUAGGAGAUUCUAUCGCGGCUUCAACGGAGAUCGAGGAUUACAGGGUGAACGCGGCGAGCAGGGUGAAAAGGGACAAAUUGGCUUUAUUGGAGCUUCCGGCGCCAAGGGCGAACGCGGUGACAUUGGCUAUGCUGGACAACUUGGAUUCGAUGGAGCUGAUGGCAUUAAGGGCUUCCAGGGUGACCAAGGAUCUCGAGGUCGUCCGGGCAUAACACUGCCGGCGGAGAAAGGUGACGAGGGCGUUGCUGGUCUCGACGGACGCAUCGGUCGCCCCGGACGCAUUGGCCAGAAGGGAGCACCCGGACAUUCGGGAGAGAUUGGAGAGAACGGUGCGAUCGGACACCGUGGACCCGAGAUCCAAGGGCCACCUGGACAAAAGGGCGAUGUCGGCUUCACCGGUGCACCCGGCCACAAUGGUCUUCAUGGACUUAUUGGACCAAAGGGAGAGCUUGGCGACAUGGGUCGCCAGGGUGAGCGCGGUGAGUCUGGCUAUGCCAUUGUGGGCAGACAGGGCGACAUCGGAGAUAUCGGCUACCAGGGCGAGCCAGGCUGGGAUGGUGCCAAGGGUGAGCAAGGAUACCCCGGACUUCCGGGCAAGAACGGAAGGGUGGGUGCCCCAGGACCACGCGGAGAGACUGGCGAUGCCGGCUGGAGUGGCAUCGAUGGCAUGGACGGACUCGUCGGCCCCAAGGGUCAACCAGGCGUAACCUACCCUUACUCGAUGGCCCGACCAGGAGAUCGUGGUGAGCCCGGACUUGAUGGAUUCCCGGGCGAGGAAGGCGAUGCCGGAGCACCGGGACUAGAAGGAUUCCAGGGUCUGAAAGGUGCAAUCGGAAUUCACGGUGACCAGGGCGAGGUGGGCUACACCGGCGCCGAUGGACCUCAAGGACAGCGUGGUGACAAGGGCUAUAUUGGCUUGACCGGUGCCCCCGGCCUGCCUGGUCGUCCCGGACCAGAUGGUGAACCAGCGCCAGCCCCGCCGGCGGCCAAGAGCCGCGGAUUCAUCUUCGCCCGCCACUCGCAGUCCGUGCACGUGCCCCAGUGUCCGGCCAACACGAAUCUACUCUGGGAGGGCUACUCGCUCUCCGGCAACGUGGGCGCCAGCAGAGCUGUGGGUCAGGAUCUAGGUCAGGCCGGCUCCUGCUUGAUGAGGUUCACCACCAUGCCGUACAUGCUGUGCGAUCAACACGUCUGCCACUUUGCCCAGAACAACGACGACAGUCUCUGGCUGUCCACCGCCGAGCCGAUGCCCAUGACCAUGGCGCCCAUCCAGGGCAGGGACCUCAUGAAGUACAUUUCGCGUUGCGUUGUCUGCGACACGACGACCAGGGUCAUCGCCCUCCACUCGCAAUCCAUGUCCAUUCCGGACUGCCCCGGCGGCUGGGAGGAGAUGUGGACCGGCUACAGUUACUUCAUGAGCACCUUGGACAACGUCGGUGGCGUUGGACAGGAUCUCGUCUCGCCGGGCUCUUGCUUGGAGGAGUUCCGCGCCCAGCCGGUGAUCGAGUGCCAUGGCCAUGGACGAUGCAACUACUACGAUGCGCUGGCAUCGUUCUGGUUAACCGUCAUCGAGGAGCAGGAUCAGUUCGUACAGCCGCGCCAGCAGACGCUCAAGGCGGACUUGACCAGCAAGAUUAGCAGGUGCACGGUCUGCCGUCGUCGGGGUAACAGUUUUGUGACCCGCACUGUACAGUCCACUGCAUAUGCGUCUUCCGGUUCCGGUGGUGGCUCUGCCGUGAGGAUUCCAUCGGGCGGUUCCUCCGCCUGGUCCUCGGGAUCGUCUUCGGGCGCAGCUGGAUCUACUUCGGAUACAGAUUUCAAUUAUAGGUCAGGCUGGUCAGCCGGCCAGACAUCCAGCCCUGGCUCCCAGUCCAAUCCCGGAUACAUAUCCCGGUCAUCUGGACCCGAUGCCGUAGCCUAUUCUGGCUCCAACGCCGGCUGGCAAUCGAGGCCCAAUACAGGAUCUAGCUGGUCAUCCGGACCCGUAGCAGGAUCGGGCUCCAAUCCGGGAUCUUACUCAAGCUGGUCCACGGGCUCCAGUGCAAGAUCAAAUCCGGGCGCCAGUGCAGGAUACAAUUCGGGCUCCAGUGCUGGUUCCAAUCCAACGGGAUCCAACGGCUGGUCAACGGGCACCUCAUGGAGCUCAGAUCCGCGCAGUCGCGCCCCAUCAAACUAUCUGAUCGGAAGGUACCAGCAAAGGGUUCGCCCGAGCAACCUGCAGACCUACAAUGAGUACGCUCGCCAAGGGGGCAAUAACCGGCUGUACAAUCGACGCCCCCGCGAGGAUACCACCGCCCCCUAGAUUGCAGUUCGAACUAAGUAGCAGUUAAAUAUUUGUCUUAAGUCAUUUGCUAUCCUAUCCAGGAAACGAUAACGAUCCAAACCCCAACUCGAGUACCAAACAAACACAAACACUUCAACCACUAAACAGUGCCAUUUUCCGUGGAGAUGUAAUCUAAUUACGUGGACACCUAAAGCUUAAACCAUAUGCCACAUACCAAAUAUAAUAAUGGAAGAGGGGUCGAGUAGAGUAACCACUGCCUCCACUGCAACGAAAGUAAAUCUUGUGCGCCCCUGUUGGGAUUAUUGUAAACGUAAAAAAACCAAAAACAAAGCCCAGUUUUUUGAUAAAUAAAAUUUACAACACAUAAAACUAAUGCACACGAAA